AAAUCGGUCGACACUAAAUCUUCCCCGGAGAUAUUAGGGACUAUGGCACGUACUAAGCAAACUGCACGUAAGUCGACCGGUGGCAAGGCGCCAAGGAAACAACUUGCCACUAAGGCGGCUAGGAAGAGUGCUCCUGCUACGGGCGGUGUGAAGAAGCCUCACCGUUAUAGACCCGGCACUGUUGCUAUACGAGAAAUCAGCCGUUAUCAAAAAAGCACAGAGCUGCUUAUUCGCAAGUUGCCUUUUCCGCGGCUUUUACGCGCAAUCGCCCAAGAUUUUAAGACGGAUCUUCGCUUCCAGAGUUCAGCUGUGAUGGCGCUUCAGGAGGCUAGUGAAGCGUACUUGGUGGGGCUGUUUGAGGACACUAAUCUAUGUGCCAUUCACGCAAAGCGUGUGACUAUUAUGCCCAAGGAUAUUCAACUUGCUAGACGCAUCAGAGGCGAACGAGCUUAGGUAUACUACAUGUAAAACGGCCCUUUUAAGG